AUGAAACCUGCGCAGCCUCCUCCCAGUAGCCAACCGGCCAUAAACCCUCCUGCUAAACCGAAACGCAAGAAUCUCAACCCUCAAGCUCUUGUCUCAAAGUUUUGGAAAAAGUAUCACUCCAAGACUCCCGGCAAGGUAACCUCUAUUUUCCCUCAGAGUCUGUACGAAUCCCUCCUUACAGACGCGGACUCUUCGGAGCCCAAAACUCGAAACGCGGCGCAGAGCUACGAGGCUGCUGCUAAGAAUUGCCGUGCUCGAGUUCGUGCCGUCGUCAAAGAGUGCGAGCGUACAAAUGCCAAGUUCAGCGAUCCGGACUUUGACAUUGAGUCCGAUUUUGCAUCGCACCAAGAUAACUGCCUCUUUGGUCUCGUCAGAAAUACCUGCCCUAUCUGCGGAAGCGAUAGCGAUGAUGACGAGGACAUCGAAUACGGAUCCACGAGCGAUGCUCGGUGGACGAAGAAACCUCGCGAUCGCAAGCACAGCGACGCUCUGAAAAACAACAAGCGCGAGAGCAACACGGAUAGCCUACGGGGAGACGGCCCUUACCACGGGGGCUUUGUCUGCCGACAGAGAAGGCCUGGUUCGGUUCAUCGCAUCCCUUGGAUCUUUGAAAACCCCCAGUUCACCAUCGAUGGCUUUUCCAGUUCGGACGUCAAGCAGGGUGCAACUGGCAACUGCUGGUGGCUGGCUGCUCUCGCCACCAUCGCUCAUCGCAAAGACCUGAUGAGGAAGAUUUGCGUUGCACGAGAUGAAGAAUGCGGUGUCUACGGUUUCGUCAUCUACCGUGACGGAGAAUGGAUCUCGACUGUCGUGGAUGAUAACCUGUAUCUGAAGAAUAGAGACUUUGGAGAGGACAGCCAAGUCUACGACGCAACCCUCAAGAAGGCCCGCCAAUACAAGAAGCAGAAGCAGACAGGUUCCGAGGCCUUGUACUUUGCCAAGUGCGAGGACCCCAACGAGACCUGGUUGCCCCUGCUGGAAAAAGCAUCUAUGGAAGGCGGAUGGUCUGGAACAGCUGUCGAGGAUCUCACAGGCGGCGUAGCCACCGUAGUCGCGGGAAAUAGAGUUCUUCGCAAGGAACGGCUGUGGCGAGAAAUGCUUGGAUCGGACGGCGAAGAUGGAGAGUUUGUCUUUGGUCUAUCUGCGGGUGGACCUGGAGAUGAGCACAAGAACGGAAUUGUCCUACAACAUGCUUAUUCCGUUCUCAGAGUUGCCGAAGUGCAGAACGAAGACGGUGUCAAGUUUCGUCUGGUUAAGAUUCGAUCCGAAGCUGGCCAAGGCGAGUGGCAUGGUCCAUGGUCAGAUGGCUCCAAGGAGUGGACUCCGUACAUGAUCAAGAAGCUCAAGCACGAGUUUGGUGACGACGGAGUCUUUUGGAUGUCGUUUGGCGACAUGCUCGACAACUUCAAGUGGAUGUACAGAACCCGACUCUUUGAUGAGAGAUGGACUGUGGCUCAGCAAUGGUUGAGCAUCAGUAUCUCGUGGCUUACCGGCUACCUUAAGAAGAAGUUUGUUAUUGAGGUCGAGGAAGAGGGCAUGGUUGUUAUCGUCCUUUCACAGGGGCAGUAUGAGUUUACUCUAAGCUUCCUCAUCAAGUCCUCGGACGGAAAGAAUACCAUCUGCGCCGUACGUCCGGUACAUCAAUUCGAUCGACGUUCGAUCAACUGUGAAGUCGAACUCGAACCAGGCACGUACGAAGUCAUCCCCAAGAUCAUGGCGGAGCGACUCGUUUGGCGGCCAAGAGUGGAAAAGAUGGUCAAGAGAGCAGCCGACGAGAACCCAAAGAAGCUCCGCCAGCUGGGCCUGCAGUACGAUCUAGCCCACGCCAAAGGUGGCAUACUAGAUGAAGACGACGCCCUUCGCAAGAAGCGCGAGGCCGAGAAGUCAAAGAAACUCAAGGUUAAGAAGCAAGAGGUCAAGAAGAAACAAAUGGCGGAGGCGAUGGCACGGAUGGAGGAAGCGAUGGUGGCGAUGAGGAAUGAGUACAAUCAAUACCUCAAUGAGAAGGAAAACGAGAAGGAUAAGGAUAAGAAGGACGAGACUGCUGAGAAUGACGAGGAGAAGAAGAAGGAUGAUGAACCCGAGCCUAAGGAUCCUGAGCCUAAGGACCCGGUUGUCGAGCCUAAAGACAAAGGAGACCACCAGGCGCCUCCAGGGUUUUGGCCAGAAGAUUCUCCCAGCAAGGGCGACCUGGACGUUUCGAAACAUCCAGAAACAUUGGUUGAGCCAAGAAAGGAGCCUCCAUCGUCUCAUGGCACGAACGAGGCAAUGGAAGAGAAGAAAAGAAUGUCUUUCCGAACCCCAUCUCCUCGUGGCACUAGUCGUCGCGGUCUUCCGACACCACCGAUGCAGUAUCAAUAUCAAUACCAAGACCAGGGUCCUCUUCGCAACAGCAGACGGUUGACCAUGACGGACUACAGCAUGGACCCGUACCCCGUGUUCACACCACCGACGGAACCUGCAUCCGAUUCUGAUCUUGACAGCUCAGGUUCUGGUUCUGGCUCUGGUUCUGAUACUGCGUCUGAUGACAACAAUUCGUCGAGCUCGGACAGCGAUGGCAUGGGUCUCUACCCACGUCGACUGUUUCGACAGCGCAAGAGACAGCCCUGGAAUGCCGUGUGCGUGAUCGGCCUUCGUGUCUAUGCUCAACAUGCAGGCAUCAAGGUACGUCUCGCUGACCAGAAGCGCGAUGAGGCUACUGAGCUUGUCGCACCAGAGGCAAGCAGCACGGCUGGUCCGAGUGAGUAG